AUGAGUGACACUCUCUGCGGACCCUCGAAUGCUCUGCAAAAUUUCCAGAAGCAUGCAGCUGUUGAUCGAACACUUCAACAAGAUCGACUGAUUUCCCGGCAGUCACCCAGUCAGGGUUUCAGAUCCCAAAAACCCAGCGAAGGAACGCUUGACCCCGAAUUUGCUGCAUUUGAAUCUAAUGUAGCUGGACUACCACUGCCGAACCUACAACAUGCUGGGCCUUUCCAUGCGCAUGCUCCACAAAUGCCGAUAUCUGGUCCUGCUGAGAGCAUGAACUGGGCAACGGACUUUCAACAACUGCAUAUCUCAGGGCCGUCGCAUCCUGUUCAGCAGCACCGCGUCCCGUCUGCAGCGCCUGCAUCGUCACUUUCCCAACAGGGCUGGCACAAUGAGUUUCUGAGCCAACAGCAGCAGCGGGCUCAUGUCCAACAGCAUCAGCCGUUUUCUGGAGGCUUUCAGCAAUCAUUAUCACAUGGCUAUCCCAUGCAUGGAGCGACAAUGAAUGCUUUUCCCACCACACAAGAGACCGCGGCCAGUCAGCAACCGCUAGCGGAGACAUUCGAUGAAUCGGCGUUCGAGGCGGCAUUUAAGCAAGCGAGAGCAGAUAUGGCGGUGCAGGAAACAACUUUGACGGCGGAUCAACCUGAACAGACUAGUGCAGAGGUGCAGUUGGACCCGACCGCUAUUCAAGAAACACCCGAGCAGAUCAAAAUUGGGUCAGAUACCAUACCACAAAUUGAUAAGAGCGACCCGCAAGCUCGUGUGAAUGAUGCGGAUGAGCUCGCCAGGACUGCUGGACAAUUGCUUGACAGUGUCAGUCAUGAUCAAAGCGAGAAGUUCCGACAGAGCAAUUUCCUUGCGCUGAUGCGCCGCAUUCGGGACCGUGAAGUCCAGAUCGAGGGCGACAAGUUUCGUGAAACUUCGCAGCCGUUACAUCCUGGCGGCAAAUAUUACCCGGAUGGCCAGUCAUAUAAGGCGCAACAACAGACCUCGAUACCAGCGCACCAGGAUGGGCCCAAUAUUAUUGCAUCCAGCAACAAUAAUCAUCCCCCAGAAACGCCUUUCGCUCAGGGCACAGUCGGAUUUACGCAGCCCCCGGAAGAAGCGUCGAGGACGACAUCCAAUCCAUCGCUGCAUGAUGCAGGAGUGGGGGAUGAUAAUUCCCUUUAUGCAAGCUGGAAUUAUGGCGGCAUUUGA